AUGAGUAGAUACAAGUAUUAAAAAUAAUAAAUUCAAGGAAAUUGACCCUUUAUUACUCAGAAGUCAUCGAUUAAACAAAAAAUUAAAAGACUUUGAUCACUAUCAUGAAGAAUAAAUCGAAACAUAUAGAAAGAUUUUACAAUCUGAUAGGGAAUNUUUCUCAUGAAAAUGUUGUUCAAUUAUUUGAAGUCAUUGAUGACCCAAACAAAGAUAAAUUAUACUUAGUGAUGGAAUACAUGGGCAAAGGAAGUAUCUUAAGCAAAGGAUUCUUUAAAAAAUAGAAAACCUCUUCAAAUAUACUCGAUGAAAUUGAUGACAAAAAUCCUGUCUCUAGAUUAACAGAAGAAUAGUGUAGGCAUUAUUUUUCUGAUUUUAUUAAAGGAUUAUAUUACUGUAACAUAGUAUUCAUAUUUAGUGCAUGAAUGUGUGAAUGUUAUACACAGAGAUAUCAAACCAGAAAAUUUAUUAGUCAACAUUAAAAACUAACUUAAAAUUGCAGACUUUGGAGUAUCCCACAUUAUGGAAGAUGGAGGAGAUGGUCGAAUAUCCAAUCAGACAGGCACUCAAGCAUACUUAGCUCCAGAAGUAUUUAAAGGUAUGAAUCCUGUCAAUCAUUUAGGAUAGAAUUUCGACGGAAAGCCAGUUGAUAUUUGGGCAGGAGGAGUAACUUUAUAUUAAAUGGUCUAUGGAAAACUGCCAUUCACAAGUUAAAAGUCUAUGGAGUUGAGAUAACAAAUUUUAGAGGAGAAGUACAAAUUUAUGUGUUAUUUAGUCCUCCAUUCUCGUAACCCUCAGGAUUUUCUAGUUCGAUUAUUAAAUUAUUACAGGGUUUAUUAUAAAAGGCUCCUGAAAAAAGGUUGAAAAUUGAUUAAAUUAUUAUGGAUGAUUGGGUCACCGAUUUUGGUAAGUAGCCAAUUAUUAAUUAAUAUAUUGAAUAUGUCGAUGUCACAGAAAUGGAUAUACGAUUUGCUUUAACUAGUCUCAAUAUUUAAAUGGCUUUGAAAAUAGUUGUAAAAUUGUUGUAUCAAGCCAAGAAAGCUAGAAGGAAGAUUGCAGAAAGAAAAAAAAUGAAAAAAUGA